CUGAAUUCAGCUUUUGUUAUAAUAAAGCAUCUUCAUUUUCCACAUGGAUUGAAGCCCCUCACCUUGUAAAAAUUAUGCAGAGAUUAGAAAGUGAAUUUGGAAUUGAUGCUCAAGUCUAUGAUGUCAUCGAUGAUGACAUCGAUUUAGAUUAUAUUAAUAACCGCCAAAAAGAAAUUUUAAAUAAAUCUAUAAGACGUUUCUGGCAGCCAGUAACUUUUUACUUUUAUGGCGAUGGUAGUGCAGGUAAAUCUAACCUUGUUCAAAAGUUAUUUUUCAACGAGUUAUACUCAAAACCUAAGAAGCAGAAAUCAGAGUCAAGUUGGUGGGAUGGCUACGAUAAAUAUAAAAUUGUUCUUUUUGAUGAGUGGUAUUUGGUGCUUGAUUGGAAUGAUGUUGUUAAAUAUUUAAACGAUACUCCAGAGAAUGUUAAGCAAAAAGGCAAAACAUUUGUGCCUUUCCUUGCCAAAGAUAUGUGGCAUGACGAGCUAGAUCAGCACACUACUGAGCUCAUAUUUCACAAAGGCUCAGAGGAAGAUUUCUGCAACAUGCUUUGGGACAUUAAAUAUGAUGAGAGCGAGUAUAUAUGUGAAGAGUUGAGAACCAUUAUUUAA